CUCACCAGAGAUUGACAAAUGAGCAUUCUUUCAGACCACGCACUCUUUCAUGCUCUCUCUCGCAUUCAAAAGGGACCGGAUUUCUUUUAGACAAGAACCCACCAUCAUACCAUUAUUUUCACAUAUACAGCCUCAGUCGACGCAACAAGAGAAACAUCACCAUGUCGGAUAAGCUGGCUGCAGACGAAGAGACUUCUUCGGUGGUCAUAGUGACCCCCGUCGAGGGCUCCGAGAAGGGCGAUGCCGCAGAUUCCCAGUCCAAAUCUCCCGAACAGGAGGAUGGUGAAAAGAAGAGCGAAGAGUCGGAAGAGAAGGUCAUCGUCGGCAUGGUGUGCGGAACCAAGGAUCUCUACCAGAAAUGGGACCAGAACCAACCCAACAAGUUCACAUGGACCGAGAAGUACCCAGAGGACCUAGAGGAGGCGGCCGAGAACGCAGAGACGAUGAAGUUUGCCAUUCUUGUGCGAAACAAGAAGAGCUACGACUCUCGAAAGAAGCUCGAGAUCGACAGCAUCGUCAUCCAAAGUCCUCUCAUCAAAAAGGUGCUUCACGAUGUUCUAGAGGACUACCCAGGCGUAACCACAACCAUGCAGAGGCUCGCCUUCUCAGCACCCUUCCGCCCCUUUGUGCACCGCUGGGCAGAGCUGACCAGCGCGCUCACCAACGACGAGUAUGACGAGGCGACACGCGCUCACGUCAAGCUCCUGCACGACAUCCUCUCGGUGGAGCUGGACGAUGUCAUUGAGGCCAUGAAGGACUAUCGGGCCAACAAGGUCGUGACCUACGAGCACGUCUGGACCAUCUUCCAGCCGGGCUGCAUCGUCCUGGCCAGCCGCUACGGCCACCCCAUCGCGAUGCGGCUGGAGCAGGGACAGUACGUCCAACACUGCCGCCUCGGCCCCGUGUUUCAGCUCACCUGCGACAGAGUCGACUGGGACGGCUCCAAGUUCGGCUACGACGAGGCACAGCAGCUCAUCACGCCGUUCCUGGGCACCAUGCCCAUCGAGGACCUCGCGUGCUGCCCGCUCCAGUACAGCGCGGACCCUGAGGGCAUGAAGGAGAUGCUUGUGGCCCGCGGCCGCCUCUUCGAGUCCCUGGCCGGCUACCAUUACAAGAUGUACGUGGGCCAGGCCAUCGAGCAGAAGAAGUGGGGCCCGUCAAAGAUCUCGGUGGAAUCGAGGAUUGUUAUCGACGCUUUUGCCCACGGCAAGUGGAACCCCAACCACCAGAGCUCGCUCAAGUCGCUUAACAAGGUCCAGGCGGCCCGCGCGGCGCAGCUCGACGCAGAGGACGGUGGCGACUACAACGUCGAGGAGAAUUACAGCUACGACGACUACGGCGAGCGCCGCGAGGAGGAGCUUAUCGAGGACCUCAAGCCCGUCAUCCCGCUGACCGAGGAGCAACUGCUGCUCUGCACGCCCAUGCUCAAGGGCUGGGCCCUGAAGAGCAAGAAGUGGCUCGAGUUUUACGUCGACAGCGUGUCUGAGGUGUGCUUCAACGACCGUGCCUUUGACAGCCUCGUGCUGCCGCGGGGCCAAAAGUCGCUCAUCUUGGCGUUUGCGCGCAGCCAGGCCCAAAACAAGGACAAGAUCGACGACGUGAUUGCCGGCAAGGGCAAGGGCAUCAUCAUGCUGCUCUCUGGCGGGCCCGGUAUCGGCAAGACGCUGACCGCCGAGGCGGUGGCGGAGGAGAUGCAGGUGCCACUCUACGUCAUGAGCGCCGACGACCUCGGGCAGACGUCUUGGGAUGUUGAGAUGAACCUGCUCCAGGUUCUCGAGAUGGUGGCCAAGUGGAACGCGGUCCUGCUACUGGAUGAGUGCGAUAUCGUGCUGGAACGACGUACGAGCACAGACCUAGACCGGAACCGCAUCGUUGGCAUUUUCCUCCGCACCUUGGAAUACUACGAAGGUAUCCUCUUCCUGACCACUAACCGGGUCGACUGCAUGGAUGAGGCCUUCCAAUCACGUAUCCACCUCAGCCUCGAGUACCCGCCGCUCAACUUUGACGCGAGGCGAACCGUCUGGACCGGGUUUCUGGAGAGGCAAGAUGCCGAUGAGAGAUCUGAGAGCAAGCACACCGUCACCUCGGAUGACAUCGAGAGGCUGGCCAGGUUGGAGCUCAACGGCAGGCAGAUCAGAAAUGUGCUCAAGACGAGUAACCUACUGGCGUUUCACCAAGGCGAGAAGCUGGGCUUUGAUCAUCUUAAGACUGUUUUGGAGGUUGAGGGCCGUAAGCUUGACGUAUGAGAGUGUAUGGCAAGCGUGUAGACAAUAUAAUAAGAAAUUCCUUGCAUUGACCCAAAAUGAUUCUGCUGUGCGGGAGAAGUGAGGCUGUCGGUGAGAAAAGGGGGAGUCAGGGGCCUCAAGAGACGGCG